GUGACAUUUGGAUAUGCGAUGGCGCUGACACGCAUCGUAUCUAGGGUACACUAAAGAGGGUCGCGGCCAAUUUCUAUAAGUUGCUUAGUUCGCCUUAGGAUGCAAUAGACAUCUCUUUUAAACACUCGAUCGAGGCACAGCAAAAUGUCAGACUCAAACAUAGAAAACAUCGAGCUCCCACGAAAGCUAAUUCGGGAGCCCAACAACUUCCUCGCAGCGCCAAGUCUAGAAUCAUUCACAUCACGCUUCGGGAAUGUGUACCCGGCGCCGGAGUUCCUCGAGUCCGAUCUCGGGACCACCGCCGUCUACGACAUCGCCGCUCCAUCUGGUGAUGCCAAACGCCGUGUGCUGCUGGUCCACGGGCUGAACACGCCCGCGCUCGGCCUGCUCCCUCUGGCGAAAGCGCUGCAAAGACUCGACCCAGACGCUCACGUCGUGUUCUUCGAUCUCUGGGGUCACGGCCUCUCGUCCACACCGCUAGUCGCGCAUACGGCGCACAUCUUCCACAGCCAGAUCUUCCAAGUGCUGGCGUUCAAGCAGUGGACUUCCGCACAUCUCCUGGGGUAUUCCUUCGGGGCCUCAAUGCUGGUCAAGUUCGCCGUGUACAACCGGCGUGCUGUGGAUUCCGUCGCACUCCUUGCGCCUGCGGGCGUGAUUGGUCCCGAGCUGUUCAGCGAGCGCACGCGGGACUUGCUGCGCGACUCGAGCGGUAGGGAGGCCGAGGCGAAAGAUGCCGUGUUUGAAUUACUUGGGGGCGGCAGCCCUGUGGUGCCUGAUGAUUGGCGGGAGCGCAUUGGGCGCGGAGAGGCCGUUCCUGAGGCCUUUCAAGACUGGGAGCUCAAGGAGCACCCAGGUCAUCGGCAUAGUGUCUUCAGCAUGUUUCGUGAGGGCAAUACAUAUGGAACCGAGGACUAUUUCCGUAGAUUUGCGCAGUUGCCUCUGAAGCAGGUUGUCGUUCUAGGUGAGACAGACAACGUCUGCAGCAAGGACAAGUUGACCGACCUUGGGUUUACCAAUGUUGAGGUUGUCAAAGAGGCUGGUCAUGGUGUUGUGCGGAAGCAGCCUGAAGAAGUUGCUCGAAUUGUAUACGAGAUGUGGUCGCAGUAGAUCAAUAAUAAAUCGAAUGGGGAUAAGCAAAGUCAAGUCGUAAACACUGUCUCAGAAUUCAAUCAGCUUUGCUCGAUAAUAGAGAGCUACGGUUCAAGCAGGACGGCUGAUGUAAGUUGGUAAUGUGUGCUGCUUCACAGCUGUAGAACUGUGACAAGAUAUCACGAGCAUUAGGGACCAUCAAUAUAACGAUAGAUUCAGAU